AUGUUUGAAGAAACCGAAAGAUAAUUACUAAAAUUUCUUAGGAGUUUGGCCAAAGAUUCAACUGAAGAGAUAAUCAUUGAGGAUGCUGAAAUGGAUUGUAUUCCAGAUUCUAUCAAGGCCGAAUUGGAGAAGUUUAGUCUACUGUCUCUUCAAUUGAAUAAGUGCAAAUUAAAGAGUCUCUCCAAUCUACCUGAUUCGAAAUCUAUAAUCAGAGUGUGUUUGGAUCACAAUCAAUUGAGUGGGAAGGAAUUGUCCAAAUUAAAUAUCUACCCAAAUCUUGUUGCCUUGUCGAUCAUGGAUAAUCAGUUCGAUUCUAUUGAGGACAUCAAAUAGCUGGCUUUGCUCAAUCAUCUUUCUCAAUUAAAUGUGUACAGAAACCCAGUGGCUGAUCAACCCAAAUUUAGAUAGGAGACCUUCGAAGUCCUAAGCAAAUUAGUGUUGUUAGAUAAUCUAUCCAAGACUGGGGACGAGAUUCAAUUGAAUGAGGAAGUGAAGAUCAGCAAAAAUUUGGAAACCAUCGAUCCUUCAGAUUAGAGAAAAAUAAUAGGAUGA